AUGUAAACGUAAUCAAGAAUGAGUGUUAACCUAUAAAAAUUAGCGGAUUGUUUCAAAGAAGCAUCUAUUUAUUACUAUUUCUAUUCUAAAUGCUUAUUUUUAUUUUAUAAGGAGUUAUUUUCAAAGAUUAUAUCACUGAUUGAGUUAAUGUAUUCAGCUUUAGCAAAAACAGGAUAGAUAGCUAAUGUAUAUAAUUACCAUGUUAUACUGUUAAUUGUUAUGAAUAUUAUUGCAUAUUUUUCAACAUAUUCUCCCAUUCCAAUAUAUCCUGCUUUUAUCUACAAAUUUCCAAAUCCAUACCUGUGGUCUGUAACAAAAAAGAAAAAGAAAGAAACAACGAAUAAUACCAAUGCCUAUAAGAAAGAGUGCUUUUGGUUAAUAGCAUUCAAAUAUUUUCUAUAAAAGAACACGAAACUGAAGAAGAGUAGAGUGACAUAGAAUGAUUUUUAUCCAAUGAAGAUGAAGUUUAACGAUAUGAAAUUUAAUAGGAAAAGUAAUAUCUUGCCUUAACAUGUUAAUUUGAUAUCCUUUACAGUAUCUUUUUCACAUAAAGCUGGCGAUUAAUCCCAUACCAAUUUUUUUAACAAAAAGUAAGUUUAGUAGCAGAAUAAAAUCAAUUGCAUUCUCGGUAGAUAAACUAAAAUGAAAUCAGAUGAACUUAUUGAAGGAACUAUAUCAGUUACUGAAAUAAAUAUAAAACUUAAAGUAUAUUAAAUUUAAAAAAGAAGUUUGUAUCUUUUCAGUAGAGGCCCAUUAUUACUAAAAUAAGGGAAUUGGAUAAAAAUUAGAGAAUUUAGAAGCAUAUAUCCUAUAGCUGCAGGUAAUAUAAUAGAUACUACAGUGGAGUUAAGAAUAGUUCUUAAAGUAUGA